UAGAAUACUCCACACCUCCACCCUCCCCUUUCCCAUCCCUCUCUCUCUCUCUCUUUCCGGGGGGGCUCCUGGCUCCAUCUAUCCACCUGCAGAUAUCACAAGCUUUUCCUGCUGCAGCAGCACCUGCAGCUUCUCCGUCUGCAGUACAAGCAGCUGCUAAAUUCCCCAUAAGCCUCUGGCUUCCUGCCCCCCUCACUUUCUUGGAAGCCCAGCACCACACGAGGAUCAUUCACUCACUACAGUGGCGUACUAGAAUACCACUUGUGCGCACACAGCAGCAGCAGCCGCCGUGCAUAGUUGUGAUGUACAGGUAGUAGCAGCCGCGCUCGGCUCCAUGGAGGAUCUGUACAGCAUCCACCCAGGGAUCUCGCGGGUCGGCGGCGCGGCGAGCGAGGCGUCCGUCGCCGGCGUCGGCGGCCCCUCGCCGUCGGAUCUGACGGAGCUCAUGAAGGCGCAGAUCGCCAGCCACCCUCGCUACCCCUCCCUCCUCUCCGCCUACAUCGAGUGCCGCAAGGUGGGAGCACCUCCGCAGGUGGCGUCGCUGCUGGAGGAGGUCAGCCGGGACCGGGAGAGGCGCCCCGGCGCCGGCGCCGGGGAGAUCGGCGUCGAUCCCGAGCUCGACGAGUUCAUGGACUCCUACUGCCGGGUGCUGGUGCGGUACAAGGAGGAGCUGUCGCGGCCGUUCGACGAGGCCGCGUCGUUCCUGAGCAGCAUCCAGGCGCAGCUCAGCAACCUCUGCAGCGCCGGCAGCUCGCCGGCGGCGACCGCCACGCACUCCGAUGACAUGAUGGGGUCGUCUGAGGAUGAGCAGUGCUCAGGGGACACUGAUGUGCCAGACAUAGGGCAAGAACAUAGCUCUCGCUUAGCUGACCACGAACUCAAGGAAAUGCUUCUUAAGAAGUACAGUGGAUGCCUCAGCCGUCUUCGUUCGGAGUUCCUGAAGAAGCGGAAGAAAGGGAAGCUACCGAAGGAUGCACGGACAGUAUUACUAGAGUGGUGGAACACUCACUACCGCUGGCCUUAUCCUACGGAGGAAGAUAAGGUGAGGCUUGCAGCGAUGACCGGUCUCGACCCAAAGCAGAUCAACAAUUGGUUCAUCAACCAGAGGAAGAGGCAUUGGAAACCAUCGGAGGACAUGCGGUUCGCGCUCAUGGAGGGUGUUGCGGGUGGAUCUUCUGGGACAACACUCUACUUCGAUACAGGCACAAUUGGACCCUGAAUCACACACCACUUGGAAUGACAAUUGGCCAACUCAAUCAGUAGUAAGACCUGGCAUGUGAAGUGACGAUCUGCCCGGUCAAAAUUGACAAUAAAUCUGUUGGGCUGAGGUUGAUCAGAUUAGUCAGUUGCCCCAUUAUUUUACAAGUUCAUGUGUAUAUGGUGCCAUCGUAUCAAAACAAACUGUAUGUAUGGGCGGAUUGAGGAGACCUGCAAAAGCAUUUUUAAUUAGUAGUUUCACGUAUUGGCUCAUGGAUCUGUAAUACUCGCUACCCAAUUUAAUUGUUAGAUAGGUUGAAGGGCUUAUAAAGUUAAAUUUACUUCUGCUCUUUCAUUCA